CUACAGAAGAGAGGACUUUGAGGCCGUCAGUAAUGGCUUCAAUUGUGGGGAUGUAAAUCGUAUAUACUGUGCACCAGAGGUCCUACUGGGAAACAGCUCCAAUAUGACGCCGGCAGCAGAUGUCUACAGCUACUCCAUGAUCCUGGUUGAGAUUGCAACUCGCACCAACCUCAUUUUAGACCAGGCUGAGGGAGUCAGGAUGGAUAUUAUGUGGCGCCCCCCUCUGCCUGAAGUCAAAGCAGGGAAGGCAGACACUGACUGUCCCAUUCAAGGAGAUUACUGUGAGCUUAUUAAGAAGUGCUGGAGUCAUAAUGCCACAAUGAGGCCCACGUUUGAGCAGGUGAAGAAGAUGCUCGAUAAAAUGAACCCACACAAAGUCAGCCCUGUUGACAUGAUGAUGAAACUGAUGGAGAAUUACAGCAAACAUCUGGAGGCCAUAGUCGCUGAGAGAACACAGGACCUUCUUCAAGAGAAACAGAAGACGGAUCAGCUGUUGUACAGUAUGUUACCAAAACCGGUGGCUGAUGACCUUCGCCAGGGUCGAACAACAGAGGCUCAGAGCUUCGCCAACGCUACUGUCUACUUCAGCGAUAUCGUGGGCUUUACUCAGCUGUCUGGUGCCAGCACUCCCUACGAGGUGGUGGACUUCCUCAACAAGCUCUACACCACCUUUGAUGACAUCAUUGACAUUUACGAUGUCUACAAAGUUGAGACAAUUGGGGAUGCUUACAUGGUGGUGUCAGGGGUUCCCGAAGAAAAUGGCAUCAAUCAUGCCGGGGAGAUAGCCAGCAUGGCUCUUGAUCUGGUCACCGUCUGCCACUCUUUCAAGAUCCCUCAUAAACCCAACACACAGUUGAAGAUCCGCGCUGGCAUCCACUCGGGACCUGUUGUGGCCGGUGUGGUUGGCACCAAAAUGCCGCGCUACUGCCUGUUUGGGGACACUGUCAACACAGCAUCACGCAUGGAAUCAACAAGUGAAGCUCUGAAGAUCCAGGUGAGUGAUGCCACAGCUGACCUGCUUCACAUGCUAAGAGGUUACAUUCUGACAUGCAGAGGAGCACUUGAUGUGAAGGGAAAAGGGGAGAUGACAACAUGGUGGCUUGACGCAAAGAGAGACGAUUACACAGACCCACUGCUCAGAACUUCUGAAUCCAUAGGAGUCCUAGUGCCAAUUAGUGACUAGUUCAGAGCCUAAACUGGGGAAAUCACUGUAUGGAAACUGGUCAGGCUUUGUGUUGUGAAAUUGAAUUGUAUCCAGUGAAGUAUGUUUUGGUUAAAUGUGCAUAUACAAUUAUAGAAUUGUAUUAUGAAUUUAAAUACCGUAGGGUACUGUAAAUCCAAAACAAUAUGCAGAUAAACAUGCCAGAGUUAUGGAAAUGCUAUUUUUUUAUCACACAUUAUCCUUAUAAGUUUCAAAUAUAGCUUUAUUUGUAUUUUUGCAAUCAGAGGGACUUUUCUUUCUUUGGAUUUAUUUAAAGUAAAGGAGAUAUUCACUGCCUGAAAAUUAAGAAAAAUCUUUUUUGCAAUAGAUAAAUAAAAAUCUUUUUAGAUGAACAUUUCAGAUAAAGUCAAUUUUAACAUUUCAAACAUUCUUACGGAGAACUAACAACUGAACAGGCCUUUUUCACAGAGAAAGCACAGGUGUAAUUAAUACACCUGAUAAUUGCUAUUUUUACCUUCGCAUUGAAAAUGCGGAAGGUUAUGUUUUGAUCGCCGUGUAUUUAUUUAUUUAUUACCUUCGCAUUGAAAAUGCAGAAGGUUAUGUUUUGAUCGCCGUGUAUUUAUUUAUUAUUUAUUUAUUUGUAUGCGUAUUACUCGCAUAACUAAAAAAGUAUUAAACCGAAUCGCAUGAAAUUUGGUGAGAUGAUUGGUUAUUAUCCGGGGACCAUUUGAUUAGAUUUUGGGAUCGAUCAGGUCAAAGGUCAAGGUCAUGAAAAGUUUAAAAUCUUCUUUUUACCAUAGCGCGGUCAAUUUUUAUCCAAUUGGCAUGCAACUAAUGCCAAAAUGUUCAUAAUUCAAUGCCCAAUCUUGUGGUAUGCGAAGGUAUGCGCUCUACCGAGUGCUAGUUGUGUUUGUUUUUGACAAGGGCCCUUGUAUUGCACAUGAUUGCUCACUCCUUUAUAAAUUAAAAUACUGAGCCAUUGUUAAUUGUAUUAGCUUACAUGUGCUGCAAUUAAAUAUACAAAUAUCUGUUGAGAGGAAAGGGCAAUUGUCCCCACAAUGGGUGUACCAGGACUUUUGAAUUAUACUCUUGCAUUCAAGCUAUUUGUGCUUUCCAAAUAAUGUUGUUUGCCUUGUUGAUGCAGAAUAUAUUUAAUACUAUUUUCUAAAUAACAACCGUUUUUCUUUUGUAAAAUAAUAAUGUGCAGCUGUCUGUACUAGUUUGUGUAAGAUGGUUGCUUACUGUGCUCUGCGAUGAGUUAUUUUACUGUGUUGUUCUUAAAUUCAGUGAUGUAUAAUUUGCAUUAAAGUUACUUGAACAAAAUGUUGUUAAUUCUUAUUGUGGAACUAACUUUCACCGCUUAAUGUGAGUUCAUUAAUUGAAACAAUUAAAAUGUUUGAAGUCUUGCUCCUUACACAUUCAAGUGACUGGUGUUUACUAAUAGAGCAUGAUACAAAGAUCCUCAGCUUAUUUCUCAUACUGUAAAAAAUUUAA